CAAGUGGUCGGAACCUUCUUUCCCCUCCUUCCCCUUCCUUUCCCAGGAAAGGCUGAGACCCGGCACCCGGGCUGUCCCGUGGACGCUGCGGCUUCAGCUCCAGCCAGGCCAGGGUACGAAGAGUCCGGGCUGCGUCCAGGGCGGUGUGUACUGCGCCUGCGCGGGCUUCCACUUAAUAAAGGAGUGCUCCUGAUUGUGACAUCACACCCAUCCCCUUGGCAAUGGAGCUUGUCACUAGGAAGGAAGACUCAGUCGAACAGUAGCCAACAAGAUGGGUUACUGGGAACAUCUCCUGAGUGGCACUGAGUGGAGGCAUCAGGGGGUUGGAGCCUUGUGAACAGGGACCUCCCCCCCAACACUUGGAAGGACCUGGGUUUCAGUGAUGAGACAUGGGGUAUGAUGUAACCCGUUUCCAGGGGGAUGUUGACGAGGACCUUAUUUGCCCUAUUUGCAGUGGAGUCUUGGAGGAGCCAGUACAGGCACCCCAUUGCGAGCAUGCUUUCUGCAACGCCUGCAUCACCCAGUGGUUCUCUCAACAACAGACAUGUCCAGUGGACCGUAGCGUUGUGACGGUUGCCCACCUGCGCCCAGUACCGCGGAUCAUGCGGAACAUGUUGUCGAAGCUGCAGAUUGCCUGCGACAACGCUGUAUUUGGCUGCAGUGCUGUCGUUCGGCUUGAUAACCUCAUGUCUCACCUCAGCGACUGUGAGCACAACCCGAAGCGGCCUGUGACCUGUGAACAGGGCUGCGGCCUGGAGAUGCCCAAAGAUGAGCUGCCAAACCACAAUUGCAUUAAGCACCUGCGCUCAGUGGUACAGCAGCAGCAGACACGCAUCGCAGAGCUGGAGAAGACGUCAGCAGAACACAAACACCAGCUGGCAGAGCAGAAGCGAGACAUCCAGCUGCUAAAGGCAUACAUGCGCGCAAUCCGCAGUGUCAAUCCCAACCUUCAGAACCUGGAGGAGACAAUUGAAUACAAUGAGAUUCUAGAGUGGGUGAACUCCCUUCAGCCAGCAAGAGUGACCCGCUGGGGAGGGAUGAUCUCAACCCCAGAUGCUGUGCUCCAGGCUGUAAUCAAGCGCUCCCUGGUGGAGAGUGGCUGCCCUGCCUCUAUUGUCAACGAGCUGAUUGAAAAUGCCCAUGAGCGUAGCUGGCCCCAGGGUCUGGCCACACUAGAGACAAGACAGAUGAAUCGGCGCUACUAUGAGAACUACGUGGCCAAGCGCAUCCCUGGCAAGCAGGCUGUGGUCGUGAUGGCCUGUGAAAACCAACAUAUGGGCGAUGACAUGGUGCAAGAACCGGGGCUCGUCAUGAUAUUUGCUCAUGGUGUGGAGGAGAUAUAGAACUCAACCGGCUAUCAGGAAGAGAUGGAAACAAGAAAAUCCCAUUGCUCCAGCAACUGGAUCCUGAAUCCUCCCCACUAUCCUUAAUACUGUGGCUUAUGUUUGAGCCAUACAUCUCCUGCUCUUCUGGCACUGAAGGGCCCUGGGGUACUUUGCUCAGCCUUUCAGAUGGGAAACCUAGAUUUCCUCCUUUUGCCAUAUUUCUUCCCCUAAAAUGUCUGUAAAUUCCCGGUCUGAGUGGGGAAAUCUCCACCUGUAUCCAUUGUUCUGCCUAGGGUCCUGGUUCUGGAUAUUUUCAGAAAGAACAAAAAGAGAUUGGUUUUCCCUAGCAGAUCAGGUUGGAGUGAGGAAUUUAAUCAGUCCCUCUCCUCCAAAACCAGGGAUCAGAGUAGGCAGGCCUGUGGACUCCAAGCAACAUGUAGAGGGCAGCUCUGGGGAGCAGACAUCCUUAGGAAAGAUAAGGGUAGAGCCAACACUCUACAAAUAGUGAGGCCUGUGACUAGCCAUCUCUGACAGCCCUUAGGAGGAGACUACUGGACCUCUGUGCCAAGUAAUAUCCCUGUUCAGCCCACCUUAAAAGUGCGGGCUCCCACCGUGCUUUUGGGUCUGCAGGUUGGGAUGCUGAAAAUUUCCAGAUUUCUUCUCUCUUACACUUUUCAUAAUUAGGGAAUGGCAGGGUUGGGAUUAGGGGUUAAUCUCUUUGGGUUUCUGUGUUCAGCAAGAAGCUGCUGUCUGGCUUUUGCUGAAAUGGCAUAGGUCCUGCCUCUUGUGGCACAGGCCAUCAUAGUUCCACAAACCCCUCUCCAGCCCUGUGAGUGUAGUCGGUUAUUUUGAUAAUUUUGCCAUUAUUAUAUUUCACAAGCCCCACCCUCUCUCCACUUUUUUUUUUUAGAAUGGCCUGGUUAUGGCUACCCCACUUUCUAGCCCAGCCACAUUGUUGGCUAUUUAAUUUAUUACUUUUUUUUUUAAGAAAGGGAAAAAAGAAAAAAAAUCAA